GUGUAUCACGGGGCCGAGGCUCCGGCGGGGCUUCCUGAGAGAGCGGGAGGGGUCGGCAAUCAUGUGACAGCGGGUUGAAGAGGAAGCGGCCGCGGCAGUCGGAGCUACCUGCGCCCGAGGACAGCGGCCGCCUGGGCAGCCUGAGCCAGGCGUGGGGAGCGUCCCCGCGGGAGGAAGGGGCUCAUCAUGGCGGAUGAUUUGAAGAGAUUCCUCUACAAAAAGUUACCAAGUGUUGAAGGUCUUCAUGCCAUUGUAGUCUCAGACAGGGAUGGAGUGCCUGUUAUCAAAGUGGCAAAUGAUAAUGCUCCAGAGCAUGCUUUGAGACCUGGUUUCCUGUCUACGUUUGCACUUGCAACCGACCAGGGCAGCAAACUUGGACUUUCCAAAAACAAAAGCAUCAUUUGCUACUACAACACGUACCAGGUAGUCCAAUUCAAUCGAUUACCAUUGGUGGUGAGUUUUAUAGCAAGCAGCAGUGCAAAUACUGGACUGAUUGUCAGCCUAGAAAAGGAACUUGCCCCAUUGUUUGAAGAGUUGAGACAGGUCGUGGAAGGUUCUUAACCUGGCUGUGGCCCCACCCUGGCCGUGUUGUGAUCCCAGUGAGUCCAGUCCAGCAACCUUGACUUCAUCAAGUAACUUGAAUCCACACACACUCAGAAAAGACAACUUUCCCCAACUUAGACUGAAGAAGAAGAUUGUAUUUAUUAUUUCUAAAUCGAUGGACUGUUGUGUUGGGUUUUAGGCUGAGUUCUUCUGUAGGAUGAUUUUGGGGGAGGCCACUAAAAAUGGUUCAGUAUCUAUCACGGCUCCCAUGGAGUUUAGCUCAGCCACCAGGGAGGGAUGAGAUUCUCCUCCAGUGGAUCAGAAUCAGACUGAGCCAGCUAAGGGUCUCCUGUUGUGUACAGUACAUACAGGCCUGCAGUAGGUAGGCCCUGCCCUGUGUAUGCUAUUGCUUUAUUGUGAAUAAUAGAGAACUUAUUUUUGUGUGUGCCGUGUUGUGUGUCUGCACUGAGUGCGAGGAAGCCAGCGUCUAACAGCAGUAAUAAACCAGUACAAUCACUAACUACCCCUGUUUAUAUCAUUGUGAGGUGGAGAUCUAAGAAAGCGUCACUAAUUGGUAUUUCUCUUUAAAGUGUGGUAUGUCUAAAAAGAAAUCUGUCGCUUUAGAUUUACAUUCAGCUGUCAAUAACCAAUCAGUAUUUUGAUGUUUUUCUCUUUGUACAAUUUAAAUGUGAAAAUCAGUAUCAAAGCUUUGGUUUGUGACAUUUAUAUGAAUACCAUAAUACAACAGUUCUUUUUCCUUUUCCUAAAUAAGGGUCUAAAUAAAAUAGUAUUUUGUAAAAGUAUAGCUUGACUACUUAGUCAUCAUAUAGUAUUGGGGGGAAGGGACAGGAGGUGAAUGAGGCCCACUUGUAAGGAUAAGAAGAACGUAAGGAGUUUUUCUUUGUGGGACAGGGGCUGAGCCAUGAAUCUGACUGGUCUAGACAAGAGGUGAUGAGGACCUGAACUAGGAUGGGGGUACCUGAUAGCUUAAUCCAUGGGACCUCAGGAGAUGGCCCUGGGGUAUACCCAGGCAUAGAAGGUCAGACCAGGUUAAGGAGACUGAGAGGGAUGGUUCAGACAGAGGAAGAGAGGUCAUGGAGAGCAGUGUCAAAAAACUGAGGCCAAGUAUCCAAAAGACACUUAGAUUGUCCCAGAGGUGUAGAGAGGCGGUAACUCAUUCUGCCUUAAGAGGCGGAGAUGAGGGUUUGAUAGAUGGCACCUGACUCUUACUGCUGGCCAGUGGCUGGCACAUCAGCCGUGAUGCUACAAUGCAAAGGAGUGAGUGCACAGGAAAGGACCAGACAGUGCACUCUUAAGUCAGGGAAGAUUUCAUGUAACCUGCAUUGGAGAAAGAGAAGGAGAUCAAAAUAGAGACUAGGAAUGGGAAGAAGGGAAGUCCAUUCCAAACAUGGCGAGAGUAUGAGAGGCAUGGAGACAGGAAGAGAAAGAACAGAAACGGGGGACAGAGGAGUGCUCCUCUGUCCUAACUUUAAUGAGCUGGGAUCACUUUACGCUGCAGUGAGAGUUUGGAGCUGGUCUUUAUAAACUACUUAGAGUUACCAGUGUUGAUUUAGGGACAUGGUUUAUACCACCUGAAUUGCUAUAAUUACAUUUUGUGCCUGCCAUGGUGGAGUUUUGUCUUUUGGAUACUUGUAGAAAAGUAUAUAUGAUGUUUAAUCUUUGCUAUCUUUAAUUCUGCCUAAUGGGAAAAUAUUUCCUUUCAUAUUUUUAAAUAGGAUGCCUGUAAUUAUAUAUAUAUGUGUGUGUGUGUGUAUACCUAUAUACAUAAUUUAUAGAUACUUCUAGUCAAUGUGGUUUAAGCUUUAGUUAAGCUUAAAUUGCUCUUAAGAUUUUUGAGAUGUCCUGUAAAUAGACAUACAUACCUAUUUUCAAACAACUAGCAAGCACAGCAUUUAAUGAAUGCCAAUUAUUGUGGAGGAACUGUGUGGGGUAGUGGAACUACCAGAGUUAAAAUCAGGAAGACUUAAGUUCAUGAUCCUGGGCAAAUCACUUAACUUCUCUAAGACUCAGUUUCCAGGAAAAUGGGAGUGGUAAUACCAAAGGUAUUUCCCAGGUGGUUGUGACAAUCAAAUCAGAUAAUGUAUGUAAAGUGCUUUGCAAACUUUGAAGUGCUAAAUAAAUAGCGGUUAUUAUUAUUAUAUGGCAUAUAGUUUGAGUGUUUAUGCAUAUCAAUAUCUGGAAAUUGCUGUCUAUGUAAAUUUGUAGAUUCAAAAAAAAAUUUAAGUAUCUUAAUUAAAAUGUGGUAUAAGAAAUGCCAUGAAAAGCAAAAAAAAUUAUUUUCAUUCGUACUCUCAUCCUGGUGAGUUCCCCUAUCUGUAAAAUGGGGAGAAUAGCAUUUGGACUGCCUACCUCACAAAGUUAUUGUUAGAAAAGUGAUUUGUAACCUUAAAGACCCAGAGGAUGUAAAUUGUUACCCGUUGUCUUUUUAAUCAAUAAAUAUUAAAAACAGUCAAGCGACA